CAGAUCCUGAGUGUAACAUGUGACAAUGCGUUGAACAAUAACGUCAUGGUUGACGAACUUGAACAAUUGGUUCCUGAGUUUGCAGGGGAGGCAAGUCAUACAUGGUGCUUUCUGCACACCGUGAACCUUGUUGCAAAGUCAUUGAUAUGGGAGUUUGAU